GAAGAAGAAGAAGAUGAGGAUGAGGAAGAAGAAGAAGAGGAUGAGGAUGAAGAAGAAGAAGAAGAAGAAGAAGAUGAGGAUGAAGAAGAAGAAGAAGAAGAUGAGGAUGAGGAAGAAGAAGAAGAGGAUGAGGAUGAAGAAGAAGAAGAGGAUGAGGAUGAAGAAGAAGAAGAAGAAGAGGAUGAGGAUGAGGAUGAAGAAGAGGAUGAGGAUGAAGAAGAAGAGGAUGAUGAAGAAGAGGAAGAGGAUGAGGAUGAAGAAGAAGAAGAAGAAGAAGAAGAAGAAGGAUGAGGAUGAAGAAGAAGAAGAAGAAGAAGAGGAUGAGGAUGAAGAAGAAGAAGAAGAAGAAGAAGAAGUAGGAUGAAAAUAAGAAGAAUUCCAGUACAGCAAAAAGUGUAUCUGCAGAGAGCUCCGCUAUUUCUGACAGUUCUCUGACAGUUCCUUCAAAUUUACAGCGGUUGAAACAUUGUAUCUAUUUGUUUCCGAAUAAAAACAUCUG